GAGCAACAACGAUGGCGGCAGAUGAGGAAUUAUCUGUUUCUAGCAGCACAACUGCUAGGUCGUUUGAAGAGACUGAGAUAAAGCAGCAGUCCUUUAUAUCACGGAAUGCAGGUCUCCUGAUGAUAGCACUUGCUCAGCUUUUUUUCUCGUCCAUGUCUCUAGCCGUAAAGGUACUAGCAGACGUUGAUCCACCAGUAUCUGCCCUAGAACUUGUUGUAGUACGUAUGGGAUUGACUGGUGUACUCAGUCAGAUGUACAUAUUAGUACAUAAUAUAUUUUCGGAUGACAAAAUACCCAACCCUAUUUUAGGACCACUGGAAGUUAGAGGUCUUUUAUUCGCCAGAGGAUUUGUCGGAUUCGCCUCGAUAACGGCACUCUAUCACAGUUUGAAAUACCUUGAUUUGAGCGAUGUAUCUGCUCUACAAUUCUUAUUACCAACAAUCAGCGGUUUCUCUGGUAUGCUUUUUCUGAAAGAGCCUUACCUCCCAAUAGAGAGAUAUUCCAGCAUCGUCAGUUUAUUAGGUGUUAUAUUGAUUGCUAGGCCACCAUUUAUAUUUGGGCAUGAGGGCGCUCAGAUAAACGUAGACUUAGGCGCUAUCGGGAUCAGAACAUUAGCAGUCUGUGCCGUCAUAGUCAGUGUAUUCGGCGCUAGUCUGGCUUAUGUUACUACUCGCGCUAUUGGUAAACGAGCACAUCCAAUGCACGUAAUAUUGGCCUUUUCUUGGUGUUCGGUAAUAUUCGGUACACUCAUGAUGAAAAUACAGGGUGAGCAGUUCGUUUUACCGAAAUCAUCAAAAUGGACUGCAUUGUUGAUCGCUGUCGGAACAUUUGGUUUCCUCGGCCAAAUCCUUUUAACAUUGGGUUUGCGGAGAGAGAAAGUCGGUAGAGCUUCCCUUGGGAUGUACUUACAGAUAGUUUUCGCCCUCAUUUUUGAGAAAGUUUUCUUCAAUACAACACCAGAAAUGCUGUCAGUCGUUGGGGCCUCACUUAUCAUCGCGACAAGCACGAUUGUCGCCAUGAACAAGAACAAAAACAAGACAGAGGAGAAAGAAAACGACGAGCGUGAAACUCUCUUACGCGACGAAAGACAACGGUUUGCAAGCGUCGAUUAUGGAACUUUAGAACAGCGGAGGACAUAACCAACACAUCAUCUCAUAUGUACAUUUAUACACAACGACAUUUCAUUCAUUUAACAUGCCGAACAAGUCUUCUAAAUAUCACAUAGUUAUCCACCUUCCUUUUUAAAAAUAUCACGCGUUUCAUUAUCUUCAAAUAACGCGUCUUCGUUCUUCGCGCUUGAAUAUAAACUAAUCAAUCGAGACUAAAAUACCAAAGCUUUAUAGUAACUGAUGCUGUUUCUUUAUCUAACGACAAGGACUCCAAGCAAGAGAGUAUAAAAUGAGACAUACACUCGCAGCAUUAUCUUUAAGUACAGCUAUAUUAGCUCAGGCCUUCGUACCUUCGAGCGAAGACUUUAAGAACCUUAAUCCUACAUCAUCUUGGGACCACACGCCUUUCCCAGGAGCAAUCCACGAUGAGCCACUUGGAGGCGACUAUAGUGAUCCUAGCGGGAUUGAACCACCGUCAGAAGAGGCACCAGAUUCUCCAAAUGGAGAAGGAUAUGAACUCGUAAAGGACAUGCAAGGAGAAGAGUUCUUUGAUUACUUCUACUUUUAUGCGGAUGAAGAUCCUACACACGGCUAUGUCGAUUAUGUCGACUCCAAGUACGCCUUCAAGGAGGGUCUUGCUGGUAUGACAGACUCAGGCCGUCCAUUCUUUAGAGUUGAGUCUACUCCAAAGAUUACAGGUCCUCGUAAAUCCAUCAGAUUGGAAAGCAACUUCAACUACACCGGUGGUGUUGUCCUUCUCGAUGUAUGGCGUGUUCCAGGUAGCGUAUGUGGUUUGUGGCCAGCUUUCUGGUCAAAUGGCGAGACCUAUGAUUGGCCAGAAUGGGGUGAAAUUGAUAUUAUCGAGGGUGUAAAUGCAUUCACUGAAAACCAAUCUUCCUUCCACACUGCAAGUGGUUGUUACAUCUCUGAAGGCUCUUCAAAUAAGUUCACCGGAAAAUUGACACACGAUGGCGAGCUCGCAAGGACAUGCUCUGCCUUCGAGUCUAACAAUGAAGGAUGCGGUAUUAAGGACAAUCACAAGAACACCUACGGUACCCCACUUAACAAGCGUGACGGUGGUGUCUUCGCUAUGCAAUGGUUACCGGAAUACGGUAUCUCAACCUGGUUCUUCCCACGUGGACAUAUCCCGGAGGACAUCGAGAAGGGAAAGCCAUCUCCAUCUCAAUGGGGCAAGCCAUAUGCUCAUCUCUCCAACGACGGCUGUGAAAUAUCUGAAUACUUUAAGCACCACCAACUUAUCUUUGAUACCACCCUUGCUGGUGAUUGGAGUGGAAGAGUUUGGGCAGAAGAGGAGAUCUGGCAGGAAGAGACCUGUGCUAAUAUGACUGGAUACGCCACAGCCGAAGAGUACAUUAGAGAGGAAGGUGAAGCUUUCGAAGAUGCAGUAUGGGAAAUUGGCUAUGUCAAGCUCUACCAAUGAUUUUGUGCUGUGCUUUAAUUGUAUUAUUAUUAGUUACUCUUAAUUUAAAUUUU